AUGGGAUUAACCCAAUUCCUGCUUUGCGCGGCCCUGGGAUGCAUAGCAUUAGCCUUAUGCAUAAAUGGAGAGAAACAGAAUGCUAAUAGUUGUAAUAGUACAAAUCAAGAAUUUGUAGAAUAUCAGUUUACAACUGAUGUUGUGCGAAGUGAGCACAUAGUUACAUUUUCUGGUUAUUUUUCUAAAUUAUCUAGAGAAAACUAUAUUACAGCUGCACUUAAGAAUUCAGGAAUAAAAAAUUGGACUAUCUUGGAGAGAAAGAAUGCAGCUAUAGAAUUCCCUAGUGACUUUGAAGUUAUUGUACUUAAUGAAGAUCAAGAUCUGGCUAUAAAAUCACUAGGUGAUCACCCUGCCAUACGACGAAUCACAGCCCAACGACAAGUACAGCGCACUAUAAAAUACAUCAAAGAGGAUGACUGUGGAUCACCAGAAUGUCUCUACUCUGGGUGGAGAAGUCAAAGUAUCAAGGGGCAAGCUUUACACUCUCUUAGAAAGUUGCAAGAAAAUGAUGGCUACUCAUCCCGAAAGCUGUUAAGAACCGUACCCCGACAGAUAACGUCAGUAUUGAAGGCAGAUGUGUUGUGGUCCCUUGGUGUAACAGGUGAAGGCAUCAAAGUUGCAGUAUUCGAUACCGGGCUGUCACGUAAUCACCCACAUUUUGGUCAUAUACGUGAACGUACCGAUUGGACCGGGGAGAAAACGCUAGAUGAUGCCUUGGGGCAUGGGACGUUUGUUGCUGGGGUCAUCGCUUCAAGAGCAGACUGCCUUGGAUUCGCGCCUGAUGCUGAAUUGCAUAUAUUUCGCGUUUUUACUGAUAACCAGGUGUCCUAUACAUCAUGGUUCCUCGAUGCAUUUAAUUAUGCAAUUAUGAAGAAAAUUGACGUCCUUAAUCUAAGUAUAGGUGGACCAGAUUUUAUGGAUCACCCAUUUGUUGAUAAAGUAUGGGAAUUGACUGCAAAUAAGGUGAUUAUGGUAUCAGCGAUUGGUAAUGAUGGACCCUUGUAUGGUACAUUGAAUAAUCCAGCUGAUCAAAUGGAUGUUAUCGGCGUGGGUGGCAUCGGGUUCGAUGACCGCAUAGCAAAGUUCUCCUCAAGAGGGAUGACUACGUGGGAGUUGCCACAUGGUUAUGGCCGCGUUAAACCCGACAUAGUGACGUAUGGGAGUGGAGUCCGUGGCUCUAGCGUGAAUGGAGGCUGCCGGUCUCUUAGUGGUACAUCAGUAGCAUCGCCAGUUGUAGCCGGUGCAAUAGCCUUAUUAGCUAGUGGUGUGCCGAGACAGAACCUAACGCCAGCUUCUGUCAAACAAGCCUUGUGCAUAACCGCUCGGAGACUGGUAGGGCCUAACAUGUUCGAGCAAGGACACGGGAAAUUGGACCUUAUUAGCGCCUAUCAGUUUCUACGUGAAUACGAGCCUCAAGCUAGUCUCAGUCCGCCAUACAUUGAUCUAACGGAAUGCACAUACAUGUGGCCGUAUUGCACCCAGCCCUUGUACUACAGUGCUCAGCCAACGAUUGUCAAUGUCACUAUUAUAAAUGGCCUUGGAGUAGCUGGAGAGGUGAAACGUGUAAAGUGGCACCCACAUUUGCCGAACGGUCUAAUAUUGUCGGUGGCGGUGGAUUACAUUGAUAUCAUUUGGCCUUACUCCGGUUGGCUGGCCUUAAGGUUCACUGUCUUGGAAAGUGGGGCUGAUUUUGAUGGAAUUGUUGAAGGACACGUGAACAUUACAAUUGAAAGUUUUGACGAGUCGUUUCGGCAAAAGACCAGGAAUACAACUCUGAUGCUACCAGUACGUGGGCGUGUUAUCCCGGUACCGGUUCGAUCGCGUCGUCUCCUUUGGGACCAAUUCCAUAGCCUCCGAUAUCCGGGCGGCUAUUUCCCAAGAGAUGAUUUACGGGCAAAACACGACCCGCUCGAUUGGCACGCCGAUCAUAUACACACAAACUUUAGAGAUAUGUAUCGAAGACUCCGGGAGCAUGGAUAUUAUGUUGAAGUUAUGGGUUCUCCCCUCACGUGUGUUAAUACGUCGAUGUACGGUGCCCUCAUGUUGGUAGACCCGGAAGACGAAUAUUUCCCAGAGGAGAUGGCGACUCUGAAGAAGGCGGUGGAUUCAGGGUUAUCGCUCGUUGUAUUUGCGGAUUGGUAUAAUGCGUCUUUACUACGACACGUCAAGUUUUACGAUGAAAAUACGAGGCAAUGGUGGAUACCAGAAACGGGUGGGGCCAAUGUACCAGCGCUGAAUGACUUAUUAAGCAUGUUCCAGGUGGCGUUGGGUGAUCGAGUGUUCGAAGGUACUUUUACUCUGGGCGGUCAUGCAAUGUACUACGCAAGUGGUACACACAUACACAGCUUUCCCGAACAUGGCGUGCUCGUCAAUGCUCACUUGGUCGAUCAGGGACAGCAGAUAAUGUCUGGGGGCAAAGCUAGUGGUGGGAGUGGUUCAAAUAAAGCCCCAACAGUGGAUGUACCAAUUUUGGGUCUACUACAGACAGACGGAGAAGCCAAAGAUUAUACCAAUAACACUAUUAAUAAAGUGCCCAAGGCGGGUAGACUAGUCGUAUACGGUGACUCGUCUUGCCUUGAAAGUGGGGCUGGGCGACCCUGCCAUUGGUUGCUGUUAGCUGCGUUGCAAUACGCGCUUGGAGGUCACGUUCCUUCAGCGCUUAAGGAAGCUGCUUCGAAGCAUCGAGACGUGCAUAUUAUACCUUCUGAGUUACCACAGCGAUCAGAAGGCGGUCGCUUGCACGCGUACUCGCGCGUAUUGUUACCUGACGGUAGCGGUACGCGUACGUUACCCGAAUGCGUGCGUGACGUUCCGCUGUCACCCGCGCCCGUACAAGCCCCGCCUGCCGCACGCACUUUGGCCCCACGACAUCAUCCUACUGAUCCACGCAGCAUUGGUGCGCCAGAAACAGAAGGCACAGAGCCAGCGCCUAGGGCCUGGCGUGGGGCUGGCGUAGCUCCGACGAAAGUCCUAUCUGAUAUCGAGCAACAAUCGAGCUAUAGCAAUCGAGCCCUUACUGUCAUCGCAAUAGGAGGCAUAAUCUAUUGCACAGUUAUCUUUUGGAAGAGAUACGGACGUAAAAUGAAACGACGGAAAUUAAUUUCUUUGGCUACUUAG